AUGGUAUUAAUGAUAGCUGAUUCCGGAUUAACCACGCUAGAGGAUAGCGAUCGAUUAUCAGAGUUGGCGUUAAACUAUUCGGAUACCUUGGAUGCAUCAGCUUUAGAAAUUUUACAACAAUUGCAAUCUUUAAGAGUACGAGGAAUCAAGCAAAAUAUUAAAAGUAAAGUUGUAUCCCCUAUAGCAAACAGAGCUGAAAGUGAAAAGGAUAACAGGAACGAUAUCUACCUUGAACGAAGGGAAGAAACAUCAGGAUAUCUGUUAAUCUAUACACUCACAUUAGCUGUUCCAAAGAGGCCUUCGCAAGACAAUAAUGCGGCUUUAGGUCAAAUUCAAGAUGGUCGGCCUAAGACUGGUAAAACAUGGAAGAGAAACCUUUCUUUGAAAAUGUCCAAUUUAAAGAAAGAUAUUAAAGAAGCCACAAGUACUAAACUUCGAUCCACGCUUAAUUUAUCAUUACGUCGGAAAUCAACUGGUGAGAUGGACAGUGAUACAGGGACAGAAGUAGAUCGAAUGGAAGAGAACUAUCGGAAGGAACAUAUUAGAAGGGAUUCAUCGUCAACCGAAUCGGUAAUUAGACGAAGAAGCAGAAGAGAUUCAUCUCCAACGGAUUCUGCUGCAAGGAAAGGUCUUGGUUCUUUAGCUUAUUCGCCGUCUCCUACGAUUGGUAAAUCACUCAGUCAGUCUGACCGACUAAAACUAUUAAAGGCUGUUAGAGAUAAGAAAAUGUCAAUGGAAACUGCUAUUAAACUGGCCGAAGAGCUAGAUAAUACUGAAGCGGAAAAUAAUGCCAGGUUAUCAGGAUAUUCACAGAACGAAGAAUCAGGUGGAAACCGUAAUCUACAUUUGCGCGACAAUGAGGACGAUGUAGAUGAUUCUAUGAAAAUCACCGUCAUGCCACCUGUUAGAAGAUCCUUAUCAAGUCAUAAUUUGCGCCAUCGUAGUCCUCCUCGGUCGGACUUAAAUAUGAAGCGCUAUUCAAUGAUUAAUGAUCUAAGUUCUGGUAAUGCUGCUCCUGCUUCAAGAAAAGAACGCCCAAAAUCAGAAUAUAGAAGAAGUAAUAUUGAUGUCAUGGUUUAUCAGAAGCUUUCUAACGAGGGAAUUGAUUUAACAGUUCAUCCGUACACAGACAAGAAUGGAGCUAACAUAGUGGCUUAUGAUUUAAUUGGGCGCUUCGCUGAAGAUCUUGGUGUUUCCUCAACUAAAAUAACGCUAGCUAUCGAUAGAAUUCGUGUUCAAGAGUUGCAACGCCUAAAUCUACAUGCUAAUAUUGGUACGAAACCACCUUUAGAAAUGUGUUUGAACAGGCUGACAAUAGAAAAAAGAAUAAAUAUUGAGAAUACAACCAUCACUCAGUGA